AUGGCCAUUAACACUGAUGCUGCCUUUGGGAAAAGCGCUCUCGGCGAGAGGGAAGUUUCUAAUCCCACCGAUUUCCAGGACACGGAGAAGCUGCUGAGCACCGCGGCCACCGAGCCCACCGGGCAGAGCAACAUCAAGGCGUCCGACUCCUUCUCCCUCAACAUCAGAGGGAGCGUCCGGUCUUUGGAUGCGGACCAGAACGGACACAGAUCACCGCUAAAGUCAGGCUCCGUCGGGCACUUGGCAACCCCACCCAAAUCCUCGUCCCGGCUCAGCCUGGGCCCGCUGCCCUCCCCUGUGCCUCCCGGGCUUGCACCCCCGAGUUACCUCUGGCUCGCGGUGCUGUCCUGUUUCUGCCCCGCAGUACCACUCAAUAUCUGCGCCUUGUGGUAUGCAAAUGUGUCGAGGUCUGUUCUCCAUACAGGAGAUAUUGAAGGAGCAAGGAAGUAUGGGCGUCGGUCUAUGCUGUUCAGCUGCCUGGCAAUGCUUCUGGGUGUGGCUGUCAUCAUCUUCAUAGUAAUAAAUGGAGCCUUAAUGGUGGAGAUUGCUUGCACUCUUAGUGAGGUUGUGUUAUCUCUGCUUCACGUCAGCGUGCACUGUGGUUUAACUGCAGCUGAGAAAAAUCCCUGCAAAUGUGCUGUAGAUGUAAAACUGAGCAACUAAAGAUGGUCAGGACACAUCAGAGGGCAGGAAGAGAUAUUAUAUGCAACCAAAUAAAAAAAGAAAAAAAAAGUGUAAA